GACCCUCUUUUGAAGAACCGAAGUCAUGAAUGGCUUUAGAGUCGUGCUUGGAAGCAACCAGUUCACCCUGCUGCUGCUCUUUCUCUUGCAGUUUCAGAGUCUGGGUCUGGAUAUUGAUAGCCGACCUGCUGCAGAAGUCUGUGCCACACACACAAUUUCACCAGGACCUAAAGGAGCUGAUGGUGAAAAAGGAGACACAGGAGAAGGAGGCAAGGAUGGCAAGGUGGGACGCAGGGGACCAAAAGGAGUAAAAGGAGAGCUGGGUGAUAUGGGAGCCCAGGGCAAUAUUGGCAAGUCUGGCCCCAUUGGCAAGAAGGGCGACAAAGGGGAAAAGGGUCUGCUCGGGAUUCCAGGAGAAAAAGGCAAGGCAGGUACCAUCUGCGACUGUGGGAGAUAUCGGAAAGUGGUUGGACAACUGGAUAUUAGUGUUGCUCGUCUUAAGACAUCUAUGAAGUUCAUCAAGAACGUCAUAGCAGGGAUCCGGGAAACUGAAGAGAAGUUCUACUACAUCGUGCAGGAGGAGAAGAACUACAGGGAAUCCCUGACCCACUGCAGGAUCCGGGGAGGAAUGCUAGCCAUGCCUAAGGACGAGGUCAUUAACACUCUUCUUGCUGACUACGUCGCCAAGAGCGGCUUCUUCCGAGUGUUCAUUGGGGUGAAUGACCUUGAGAGAGAAGGGCAGUACGUCUUCACAGACAAUAGCCCAUUGCAGAACUACAGCAACUGGAAAGAGGGAGAGCCUAGCGAUCCCUAUGGCCAUGAGGACUGUGUGGAGAUGCUGAGCUCCGGCAGGUGGAAUGACACAGAGUGUCAUCUUACCAUGUAUUUUGUCUGUGAGUUUGUCAAGAAGAAGAGAUAAUCUCCCUCAUGUUACACAGUCAUUCUUCUCUUAGGCCUCCCAACAGUUUUAUCCAUCUUUGUCCUUCCUAAUUACACUGCUUUACUAAAAUGACGUAAGAGUCCUGUAUCCACUAUCUUCUUCUUCUGUGUCAAUUGUGACAAUUUUAUGCAUACUGUUUGCUCAGUACGUUCUUGGGGAUCUUUCUCUCCCAUUUCUCUUUACCUCUUUAACUUAAUAGAAAGAAGACUCCAGAACUCUGAACAGAAAUGGAGAGGGUUGUUCCUAAACAACACAUGUUAUUGUCCUUUUGUUAAAUUGCCCCUUGCUAUUAAUGGCUCCAUCUUUUUUUCAUAAAUGUGUUCAUGUAAACAUUCCUGACCUUCAACAUAGAGAAUGGGAGCCGGGUAAAGCCUUCAGAAAACUCUCAAAGCGUUAAAGUGCUACCAUCUCCAAGGGCCCUUACCCUUCCAUCUAAUAUGUUACUCCUGGAAAAAUUUCAAGGGAGGCCUUUCACUCUCUGUAAAUGAGUGUUGCUGGAGGUGCCCUUCCUAUUAUUUUGACAUCACAGGGCUAUGUCGGGCACAACAUUUGGAAUGUAUAUAGAAUCCUCAUUUACCGAGUUGGCAGCAGGCUACCUUUAGCUGCAGAUCAAACCUCAAAGCAGCUUUCGUCUGGCAUUUGAAAAUAAACAGUUGAACAAAUCUCCAGCUUAUCUCCUUCUAAACUGAUGCUCCACUUUCAGGUUGUGACACAUGAUUCGAUUGUUUAAAAUGCUGGCAAAGCAGUUAAUGAAAUAAGAGGAACAGAUCAACAGCAUAUGCUCUCCUUAAGCCAUCUGUUCAUGACGUUGCCCAUGACUAACGGGUUGAGAGAUGGGAUUUACUGACAUUAGUUCCAUGAAUUCAACAAGAGUUACAAACCCAUGUACUACAGAGUCCAGAGAGAUGGCAUAAAUAGAUGAACUGGAAGGAGUGAGGCCCCUUAUCCACUAAGCACAACCUGCUCUCUGAAGGAACUAGCUACUCCUUAACUACUACAGUUGCUGCCACACAGGACCCAGCAUCGCUGCAAGCCAGUGUCCUGACAUUUGAACAGAAGUCAGACAGCUGCAAUGUUAUAACUCCAUAUUUUUAAGUGUUGACAAUUAAUCAAUAUCUAACCUAGAUUUUAAGCCCUCCAAACGUCUGCUAGCCAAAUUGUGAACUUUCCAUUUCCAUCUCUGGGGAAAGUUCUAAUUGCGCCAGGUGUCAUUAGGAAAUGAUGACAUCAGAGUCAGGUCUCUCGUGAAUGCCUUAUUCAGUUCACCUCAACAGGAGAAAUUUGUUAAGUCUUUGACAUUUAUCAGGUUAUUAAACUAGUUACAGAGUCUCUUUUGAGAAUGUGGCUUAGGGUAUUCUGAAGGCUGAUCAGUUGAAUACAACUACAAUUCAGGGCACCAGGCCAAAGGCCAGCCAAGAUCUCAGAGAACUGGAACACCCAGAAACAUGCAGAGGAAAAAGGGGGCUGAAGAAAGGGCUGAGAGGAAAGGGAGGCAGCCAAGAGCAAACACAGCCUAGAGCGGCUCCUGUUGGAUCCGUGCUCGCAAUUGCUCUGAGUCCCUGAAGUCUGAAUGUUUUGAACAUAUGGCAAAUGCUAUCAUUUCUAUUAUAAAUGGUAUAAUGCUAACAGUUCUCUCAAUAACUCACUUUAGUUUGGAGGAGGCUUCUAAGAGUAGAUGACAGCUUCAAAGAAUAGGCUCUAUACUGCAGCCUUGCCUGGAAGAACCUCUUAAGACAUUACGUAUUUAAUUAGAAUUACACGAAAAUGUAUAUCUUUUUUCUAUCUUUCUUUCAAGGUAGAGUAUCAGUAUAUAACCCAGGCUGUGCUUGAACUCUCAGUCUUCCUGCCUCAGCUUCCUGGGUGCUAGGAAGAUCCCUAGAUUGCAUGCUUGGAAGAUAGCAAGAUAUAUAUGGGGCAGGGAGAAAUUAAGUGAACAGCAUGACUCAUAGCAUUGUCUACAGAGAGACUGAAUUUGUACAGGUGUUAUUGCUGAUGAGAAAGUGGUCAUGUGGUUUCAUUCAGGGUGAUACAUGUGUGAAAACAUUGCUCAAAAAUUCAAACCCUAGAUCUGGCAUCAUGGCUGCCUAAAUGUCCUUCCUUUCUUACUGUGACCUUUCCUGGCCAUAUUAUGAGAAUAAUUUAAAUGUUCUUUAUCUCUUGUGUCCUUAUCAUUUUCUCUUUGUGGAGAACCUUGACAACUAACAAGGAAUUAUGGUGAGGUAUUUGGAAGAGUACCAGCUAGACACACUGUAUGUGUGCCACAGACUUAGACAUUACUACUAGCUACGUGUGCUAUGAGAUGCAUAAGAGAAACAAAGAAUAUUUUGUGAUAUAAAAAAAACCUAAGUAAAUAUAUGUCAACAUGUUAUAAAUAGAGAAUCUAUAUUUAACUACACAAAAUACAAGUUUUAAAACAUAAAAGUAAAAUCACCUGGAGAGAUAGCUCAGUGGCAAAGAGUCUAUGUUGCUCUUUCAGUGGACUCUAGCUAAGUUCCCAGCAUCUACAAUAUUUGGCUAACAAUUGUCUGUAACUCCAACUCCAAGGGGUUGCAGACUUUUAUCUGGACUCCAUGGGCACUUGCUCUCACAUGUACACAGUCUCAUACACAGAUAUACAUAUAUGCACAUAACUUUAAAAGUAAAAUAAAUCUUUUGUAAAAGUAAAACUAUUAGCUGUGUUGCCUUUAGCUUAUUAUGCCUUCAUACUACAGCUGAAUCCUCUCAUUUAUGAAGGAAAACUUCUAUUAUAUCAUUUCAAAUGGAGAUUGAAGAAUAAUCAUUUUCCAUUGACCCUGUA